AUGAAAAUAUUCAUUAGUUUUUUAUUAAUAUUUAUUAAGUACGGUGAAUUAAAAGAGAUAACAACUCUUUUUAAUUGUACAUUUGAUGAUGGUUUAAUUGAUGAUUGUAUAUUUAAUGGAAUAUUACCAUUCGGUGAUAGUCUAGAGAUAGAUAAAGGUCAAAAUACUAUCGAUUUAUCUGAUCGACCAUUAUCUGAUGCUACGUCCGUAUUUUCACCAACUAUGAAUGGAGAAAUGUGUACAUUUCCUUAUGAUUUAAAUGGAUCGGACAUGCAUUUUUGUCUGUAUGAUGAAAAUACAAUGAAUUCUACAUGUCCAACUGAAUCAGGAAACCAAACAUGUGCUAAAGGUCAGUAUGGAUUUAAAACUACAUCCGAUCCACAUGGUUUUUUAGCAAUUUAUAAAUCAACCACAUUGAUCGUUACAAAUUCAACUAAUGAACAACAUUGUCUUAGUUUUUACUAUUCUUUUACUAAUAUCUUUGGAAGCCCAUAUAUUACCUUUCGAAUGCGUCCAAACUCAAAUACGAUGGAUGGUGAGAUUAUUGUAACUGUUAAACCAAAUUAUGGAAAUAAAUGGCAUUACAGUCAAACAUCAUUUACACCAAUAACCGAAGAAUAUUACAUUAUUUUUGUUCUUUAUCGAGAUCGUGAUGUUGAUGUUGUAACUAACUUUACUUUUGCUCUCGAUAAUAUAUCGAUUAUAAGUGGAUCAUGCUUCGAUACUACGAAUGAUAGCGUAACAACAGACAGUUCAAUAUCGACUGAAACAUCUACUAUUACGAUCGAUUCUAAUACUUAUACAACAAACAAACAAACUAUUACCCCAACAAUUGGAUCAUCCGUUACAUUCGAUAAUCAAGAAAACGAGACGACGACUGCAACUUCAUCAACAAAUACCACUGAAACGAAUAUCAUUACUUCAAGUACAACGACAAAACUAGCUGACAUUAGUUCUACUACAAUAUCAACUUCUACUUCAACGAUACCAUCAACUUAUGUCUCAACCACAACAUCACCUGAUACAACCACUAUUAGUUUAACUCAGACUUCGACCACUACAUCAACUGUAGUCUCAAUUACAACAACAUAUCAUACCACCACUACCAGAGCAACUCGUACUUCACUCACUACAUCAACUGAUUUCACAAUUACAGCAACAACGCGUACUACUGCUACCAGAUCAACUCGCACUACCGCUAGCAGGGCAACUCGUACUUCAACCACUACAUCAACUCGCACUACCGCUACUAGAGCAACUCAUACUUCAACUAGUACAUAUACUGACACUUCAACCACCAAAUACAAGCCGAAAAAUCUACCUUUAAUACUUGGUCUAUCACUGGGUUUAGGAAUUCCGGCAUUGCUUACAAUAAUUGUUAUUGUUGUUUAUAUCGUGAAAUUUGUACUAAAAUAA